GUUUCACACUCUGGGGCUCAAAGAACUCGUGGAACUGGAACUCUAUGGAUGUGGGACCGAAGCGAGACCUGGUGCAGGAAGUGGCGAGUGCUCUGCGCGCUCACAGUGAUCUGCGUUUAGGGCUCUACCACUCCCUCUUUGAGUGGUUUAAUCCACUCUUUGAGCAGGACGCUGCUAACUCCUUCACUACCAACGUCUUCCCCACCACCAAGACUCUGCCAGAGCUUUAUGAGCUGGUUGUCAAGUACAAACCAGAGGUGGUGUGGUCCGACGGGGACGGAGACGCACCUGACAAGUACUGGAACAGCACAGGCUUCUUGGCCUGGCUCUAUAACGACAGUCCUGUUCGAGACACGGUGGUGACAAAUGAUCGAUGGGGAAAGGGCUCCAUCUGCACACACGGUGGGUUUUACACCUGCACCGACCGGUACCAGCCAGGACACCUGCUCAAACACAAAUGGGAAAACUGCAUGACCAUCGACACCAAGUCCUGGGGUUACAGGCGGAACGCACCCCUCAGUGACUACCUCACCAUCGAGCAGCUUGUGGGGAACCUGGUGGAGACGGUGUCCUGUGGAGGAAACCUGCUGAUGAACGUUGGUCCCACACACGACGGCAGAAUGAUUCCCAUCUUCGAGGAGCGUCUGCGGCAGAUGGGUCAKUGGCUGAAGGUGAACGGUGAGGCCAUCUACAACACGACAGCAUGGCGGGCUCAGAAAGACAACGCCACUGCUAAUCUCUGGUACACCUCCAGACCUCAGGAUAAGAGCAUCUUUGCUGUCUUACUGGACUGGCCUGAUCAGGGGUCAGUGRCUCUGAGUGAACCAGUGGUUACAAAGAAUGUCACCCAGGUGGAGCUGGUGGGUCACGGCCCMCUGCAGUGGGAGCCAGCACAGCCUAGUGGGCUGAAGAUCCUCCUGCCUCAGCU